AUGCAGAACAUUUCUCAGUUCUUCCUGCAUAGACAGGCUCCUCAACCUGCCGAACCUUGGGAUGGCGUUAGAGAUGGAACUAAAGAGGGCUAUGAAUGUCCGUCGAUAGAUUUGUAUUUCAAAUACCACAUUGGACAUGAAGACAACUGCUUGAAUCUGAACAUAUAUACCAAAGAAUUGCCAAAAGGAAACAAUGCCAGCAAACCUGUCAUGGUAUUUAUCCAUGGUGGUGGAUUUAUGUAUGGAUCUAAUAAGAAAGCCUAUGUAGGACCGCAUUAUUUGAUGUGUGAUGACAUUGUCUUAGUGACAAUCAACUACAGAUUGGGAGUAUUCGGUAAAUAUAUAAUAUUAAGGUCCUUGAAUUUCAUCGGUAUUCCGAUUUUCAACACUAGUGAAUCAAAUUCUGAUCCGGUUCAGAUUGCAUUCUAA